GUCUUCUGCCCUCAUUGGGGCUCUGGCCACCACUGGGAGUGACCGACCCAGGCUGCAGAGAUGGCCGGGGCUUCUGUGAAGGUGGCGGUGCGUGUCCGCCCCUUCAAUUCCCGGGAGAUGAGCCGGGACUCCAAGUGCAUCAUCCAGAUGUCGGGCAGCACCACUACCAUCGUCAACCCCAAGCAGCCCAAGGAGACGCCCAAGAGCUUCAGCUUUGACUACUCCUACUGGUCACAUACCUCACCCGAGGACAUCAACUAUGCCUCGCAGAAGCAGGUAUACCGUGACAUUGGGGAGGAGAUGCUGCAGCAUGCCUUCGAGGGCUACAACGUGUGCAUCUUCGCCUACGGGCAGACGGGGGCUGGCAAGUCCUACACUAUGAUGGGCAAGCAGGAGAAGGACCAGCAGGGCAUCAUCCCCCAGCUCUGUGAAGACCUCUUCUCUCGGAUCAAUGACACGACCAAUGACAACAUGUCCUACUCCGUGGAGGUCAGCUACAUGGAGAUCUACUGUGAGCGCGUUCGUGACCUCCUGAACCCCAAAAACAAGGGCAACCUGCGUGUGAGGGAGCACCCCCUGCUGGGCCCCUAUGUGGAGGAUCUCUCCAAGCUGGCUGUCACUUCCUACAAUGACAUUCAGGAUCUCAUGGACUCAGGGAACAAGGCCAGGACUGUGGCGGCCACAAACAUGAAUGAGACCAGCAGCCGCUCUCAUGCCGUCUUCAACAUCAUCUUCACCCAGAAGCGUCAUGAUGCCGAGACCAACAUCACCACAGAGAAAGUGAGCAAGAUCAGCCUUGUGGACCUGGCUGGGAGUGAGCGGGCUGACUCCACAGGAGCCAAGGGCACGCGCCUCAAGGAGGGCGCCAACAUCAACAAGUCCUUGACCACGCUAGGAAAGGUCAUCUCGGCCCUGGCAGAAAUGGACUCUGGACCCAACAAGAACAAGAAAAAGAAGAAGACAGAUUUCAUCCCCUACCGAGACUCCGUGCUGACCUGGCUCCUCCGGGAAAACCUGGGUGGCAACUCCAGGACAGCGAUGGUGGCAGCCCUGAGUCCUGCAGACAUCAACUAUGACGAGACCCUCAGCACGCUGAGGUAUGCUGACCGGGCCAAGCAGAUCCGCUGUAAUGCCAUCAUCAAUGAGGACCCCAACAACAAGCUGAUCCGAGAGCUGAAGGAUGAGGUGACCCGACUUCGGGACCUGCUGUACGCCCAGGGUCUCGGUGACAUCACAGACAUGACCAACGCCCUGGUGGGCAUGAGCCCCUCAUCCUCGCUCUCCGCCUUGUCCAGCCGUGCAGCCUCUGUGUCCAGCCUUCACGAGCGCAUCUUGUUUGCCCCAGGAAGUGAGGAGGCUAUCGAAAGGCUGAAGGAAACAGAGAAGAUCAUUGCUGAGCUCAAUGAAACUUGGGAAGAGAAGCUGCGGCGAACUGAAGCCAUCCGGAUGGAGAGGGAAGCACUGCUGGCUGAGAUGGGCGUGGCCAUGCGGGAGGAUGGUGGCACCCUGGGUGUUUUCUCUCCCAAAAAGACACCACAUCUGGUCAACCUGAAUGAGGACCCACUGAUGUCCGAGUGUCUCCUCUACUACAUCAAGGAUGGGGUCACCAGGGUGGGCAGGGAGGAUGCAGAGAGGCGGCAGGACAUUGUCCUGAGUGGACACUUCAUCAAGGAGGAGCACUGCAUCUUCCGGAGUGACAUGCGAGGUGGCAGUGAAGCCGUGGUGACACUGGAGCCCUGUGAGGGUGCAGAUACAUAUGUCAAUGGCAAGAAAGUGACUGAGCCCAGCAUUCUACGGUCAGGAAACCGCAUCAUCAUGGGUAAGAGCCACGUGUUCCGGUUCAAUCACCCUGAGCAGGCCCGGCAGGAGCGUGAACGUACACCCUGCGCGGAGACGCCCGCCGAGCCCGUGGACUGGGCCUUUGCACAGCGUGAGCUGCUGGAGAAGCAGGGCAUCGACAUGAAACAGGAGAUGGAGCAGAGGCUCCAGGAGCUGGAGGACCAAUACCGCCGGGAACGCGAAGAGGCCACCUACCUGCUGGAACAGCAAAGACUGGACUACGAGAGCAAGCUGGAGGCACUGCAGAAACAGAUGGAAUCCAGGUACUACCCGGAGGUGGCCGAGGAGGAGGAGGAAGAGCCAGAGGAUGAAGUCCAGUGGACAGAACGGGAGUGUGAGCUGGCACUGUGGGCCUUCCGCAAGUGGAAGUGGUACCAGUUCACAUCACUGCGGGACCUGCUAUGGGGCAACGCCAUCUUCCUCAAAGAGGCCAACGCCAUCAGCGUGGAGCUGAAGAAGAAGGUCCAGUUCCAGUUUGUCCUCCUCACGGACACGCUCUACUCCCCGCUGCCCCCGGAUCUGCUGCCACCGGAGGCUGCCAAAGACCGAGAGACGCGCCCCUUCCCCCGUACUAUUGUGGCUGUGGAGGUCCAGGACCAGAAGAAUGGGGCCACCCACUACUGGACACUGGAGAAGCUCAGGCAGCGCCUAGACCUGAUGCGGGAGAUGUAUGACAGGGCUGCAGAAGUGCCCUCCAGUGUGGUCGAGGACUGUGACAACGUGGUGACCGGCGGGGACCCUUUCUACGACCGCUUCCCCUGGUUCCGACUGGUGGGCAGGGCCUUCGUGUACCUGAGCAACCUGCUGUACCCCGUGCCCCUGGUGCACCGCGUGGCCAUUGUGAGCGAGAAGGGCGAGGUGAAGGGCUUCUUGCGUGUGGCUGUGCAGGCCAUUUCAGCUGAUGAGGAGGCCCCUGAUUAUGGCUCUGGCGUCCGCCAGUCAGGAACUGCUAAGAUCUCUUUCGACGACCAGCACUUUGAGAAGUUCCAGUCUGAGUCCUGCCCUGUGGUGGGGAUGUCCCGCUCGGGGACCUCCCAGGAGGAGCUGCGUAUCGUGGAAGGCCAGGGCCAAGGCACAGACACAGGGCCUUCUGCCGAUGAGGUGAACAACAACACCUGCUCUGCAGCAGUGUCCCCCGACGGCCUCCUCUUAGACAGCCCCGACAAAGCUGCCCUGGACGGGCCCCUGGACACUGCACUAGACCACCUCCGCCUGGGAAGCACUUUCACCUUCCGCGUGACUGUCCUGCAGGCGUCCAGCAUCUCGGCUGAAUAUGCUGACAUAUUCUGCCAGUUCAAUUUCAUCCACCGGCAUGACGAGGCCUUCUCCACAGAACCCCUGAAGAACACAGGCAGGGGUCCCCCACUUGGCUUCUACCAUGUCCAGAAUAUUGCGGUGGAGGUGACCAAGUCCUUCGUUGAGUACAUCAAGAGCCAGCCCAUUGUGUUUGAGGUCUUUGGCCACUACCAGCAGCACCCCUUCCCGCCACUCUGCAAGGACGUGCUCAGCCCCCUGAGGCCUUCUCGCCGCCACUUCCCUCGUGUCAUGCCGCUGUCCAAGCCAGUGCCCGCCACUAAGCUCAGCACACUGACGCGGCCCUGCCCAGGGCCCUGCCACUGCAAGUAUGACUUGCUGGUCUACUUUGAGAUCUGCGAGUUGGAGGCCAAUGGCGAUUACAUCCCAGCUGUGGUGGACCAUCGCGGGGGCAUGCCCUGCAUGGGGACCUUCCUCCUACACCAGGGCAUCCAGCGACGGAUAACUGUGACACUGCUACAUGAGACAGGCAGCCACAUCCGCUGGAAGGAAGUGCGGGAGCUUGUUGUGGGUCGCAUCCGAAACACUCCCGAGACUGACGAAUCCCUGAUCGACCCCAACAUCUUGUCUCUCAACAUCCUCUCCUCUGGCUACAUCCACCCAGCCCAGGAUGACCGGCAGUUUCUUGAUUCGGACAUUCCUAGGACUUUCUUCCAGUUCGAGGCAGCGUGGGAUAGCUCCAUGCACAACUCGCUUCUGCUGAAUCGUGUCACCCCCUACCGUGAGAAGAUCUACAUGACCCUGUCCGCCUACAUCGAGAUGGAGAACUGCACACAGCCGGCCGUCAUCACCAAAGACUUCUGCAUGGUCUUCUACUCCCGUGAUGCCAAGCUACCAGCCUCGCGCUCCAUCCGCAACCUGUUUGGCAGUGGGAGCCUGCGGGCUGCAGAGGGCAACCGCGUGACAGGCGUAUACGAGCUCAGCCUGUGCCACAUGGCUGAUGCGGGCAGCCCAGGGAUGCAACGGCGGCGCCGGAGGGUGCUGGAUACGUCUGUGGCCUAUGUCCGUGGUGAGGAAAACCUGGCCGGCUGGCGGCCCCGCAGCGACAGCCUGAUCCUAGACCACCAAUGGGAGCUGGAGAAGCUGAGCCUCCUGCAGGAGGUGGAGAAGACCAGGCACUACUUGCUCCUGCGGGAGAAGUUGGAGACCACCCAGAGGCCUGGACCUGAGGCACUGUCCCCUGUCUCCAGUGAGGACUCUGAGUCCCGAAGCUCCUCUGGCGCCUCUUCCCCACUGUCGGCCGAUGGCCACCCCUCGCCCCUGGAGGCUCCCAGUGAGAGGCAGCGGGAGCUGGCCGUCAAGUGCCUGCGUCUUCUCACGCACACGUUCAACAGGGAGUACACGCACAGCCAUGUCUGCAUCAGCGCCAGUGAGAGCAAGCUCUCGGAGAUGUCUGUCACCCUGCUGCGGGACCCGUCCAUGUCCCCAUUGGGUGCAGCCACGCUCACCCCAUCCUCUACCUGCCCCUCUCUGGUGGAAGGGCGCUAUGGUGCCACUGACAUGAGGACCCCACAGCCCUGCUCCCGGCCCUCCAGUCCAGAGCCUGAGCUACUGCCUGAGGCUGACCCCAAAAAGCUCCCCUCCCCUGUCCCAGCUGCAGAGGCAGACAAGGAGCCCCAGCGCCUGCUGGUCCCCGACAUCCAGGAGAUCCGCGUCAGCCCGAUCGUGUCCAAGAAGGGCUACCUGCACUUCCUGGAGCCACACACUGCUGGCUGGGCCAAGCGCUUCGUGGUGGUGCGACGCCCCUACGCCUACAUGUACAACAGUGACAAGGACACUGUGGAGAGGUUCGUGCUCAACCUGUCCACUGCCCAGGUGGAGUACAGUGAGGACCAGCAGGCCAUGCUCAAGACGCCCAACACAUUUGCCGUGUGCACAGAGCACCGUGGCAUCCUGCUGCAGGCCAGCAGUGACAAGGAUAUGCACGACUGGCUGUACGCAUUCAACCCGCUGCUGGCGGGGACCAUCAGGUCCAAGCUGUCCAGGAGGAGGUCUGCACAGAUGCGGGUCUGAGCUGAGCCUCCAGCAGCCAGCAGCCGUCUUCCCCCAUCCUCACUCCGUGUGUCCCGUCGUCUGCCGCCCAGCCCCUGCCCACCAGGGGGCGCCCUACUGGGCCCCGCGGACCGCUCUGUCUGGGGCCUGAGCACGCAGGCGGCAGCGGCUGCCGGAGGAGGCUGCGCGUGCUGUCCUUUCUCCUUCCAUGACCCCUCGUUUGGAGAGAGUCUGGAUGGGUAGGAAGGCCAGAGGGCACAGACUGGGAGUCGCUGCUGCUCUCCUAUUUUUUUAAGCAUAGACAGACUUAUAAUUAAUAUCCGUUAGGUAGUGAUGUUCAAACAGUCCACUGAGAAAUUAACUAUCAGACUGUGUAUUAUUUACGUAUUUAUUUCUAAUGCCUUGUAGCCCUGUGAGAUUCCAGUGUCCCUACCCUUGUCCCAUGUGCUCACCAGCCUGCCAGGGGUGGAAUGAGAGGAUGUCCCUGCCUAGACCGGGCUUCUCAGAGGGCAGGGCUAGUGGCGUGUGGGGUCUGUGGGUGCCUGAGCUGGCGGGCAGCUCUCAAGGUGGAAGUGGAAGGCAGCUGGAUGAUAAGAUGGGGAGACCAGGCCCGGGGAUGGUGCCAGGCAGAGCCAGGGGAGAAGGGCGGGGUCCUGUGCUGGUGUCCAGACCUGUGGGCCGUGUCUGUGGGCUGGGCAAGGGCUGUGGGGUGCAGUGGCAUUCAGGAUAAGGGCCCCUAGCUCUCUGGCUAAGUGAGAAGGUGGACACUGCAGGGUGGUCCUGGGAGGGACUUGGGUUCCUCACAAAUGCUGUCUCCUUACCCCAGGGAGAGUAGGUGCAGCCUGAGAGAGUGCCUCAGGCCACAGUGCCCACGUGCUGGCUGUCACCAUCAUGGGGCUCUUCCUUCUGCAGCUGGGGUCAUUUGGAAACAGGAACCAAACAGGGUGCAUGCACGGGGCUGGGGUGAGCUUGGAUCUGGGUGUCCCCAAGAGGUCCAGACACGGCACACAGGCACUCACAAGUCUGCCCCGCAGCCAGUGUGCAGGGCAUCUCUCUGAGGGAUGAGACGGGGACUGUGGCCUCUCUCCACACUCAGUGGGGGUUCUGGCUCCAGACUUCUUACGGGCAGUGCCCAGGCAGGCCCUUAGUGUUUUCCCAGGCAGCCUGGGCUCGCAGGGGGAACUCAGCUUUCAUACCCCAGCCCCCAGCACCCAUCCCAGGAAACCACACUUAAGAAGCUAGGAUGUAUGCCUCUUUCAGAAACCCCAGGCAAGGGUACCCCUAAACCAAAAGGAACCCUUGACUAAGAGCUAGGGGUCAGCACUGCCCACUGUGAGCCUUGGAGGUGGUGGGCUGGGGCAGAGAGGAAGCGAUGGUGACCUGCAUGAGUUCCCAUGCUGGCACUAGGACCACCUCCAGGCAGGGAGGAGAGAUGGGGCUCCCCAGGGUGAGUCUCUAGGGCAAAGAGGGGUGAGGCCCACCGUGCCUGCUCAGGCCAACCAACCUGAAGCCAUGGCACAGGGGUCUGGGCCCAGCCAGCACGCGGUGCCUGAGGCCAGCCAGCCUGCAGAGCGCUGCGGCCCUGGGAAGGGGGCCGGAGCCCCAAGCCACGGAGCCGG